AUGGGCCAGGGGCGCGUCUCCUGGGGGCUGCGCGUGGCUGCUGGGGGAGCUGGCCUGCUGCAGACCCUCUACCUGCGGGCUCUGCCUCCCGCGACCCCCACGGGGCCGCCCCCGCCCCCACGCCCCGCGACCCCGCGUGGGGUCCUGGACGCGUCGGGCUCGUUCCGCGUGUACCGGGACGUGCUGGGCCCCCCGCGUGGGACCCCCGAGCUGGUCCUGGCCACCCACGGCACUCCGGGCCGGGCGGCGGCGGCGCUGGGGGGUCGUGGGGGUCCCCUCUCGGUGGCCGUUUUGGGGUGCCCCGGGAGGUUGGAGGAGCUGCUGGCGGGGGGUUUGGGGGACCCCAAAGUUCUGGGUGGCCCCAAAGUCCCCAACGCCCUGGAGGUCCCUGCUGUCCUGGGAGACCCCAAAGUCCUGAAGGACCCCAAAGCUUUGGCAGACCCCAAGGGCUCCUCCACCCUGGGGGUCCCCAAUGCCCUGGGGGACCCCAAAGUCCUGACAAACCCUGAUGUCCCAAAGGACUCCGGAGACCUGGAGGCCCCCAGGGACCCCAACUCCCUGAGGGACCCCAAUGCCUUGAGGGACCCCAAUGCCUUGAGGGACCCCAACUCUCUGAGAGACCCCAGGGGUUUCCAUGACUUGGGUGUCCCCAACUCCCUGAGGGACCCCAGUGCCUUGAAGGACCCCAACACCCUGGAGGUCCCCAACUCCCUGAGGGACCCCAACACCCUGGAGGUCCCCAACUCCCUGAGAGACCCCAGCACCCUGGAAGUCCCCAACACCGUGAGGGACCCCAACACCCUGAGGGUCCCCAACUCCCUGAGGGACCCCAACACCCUGAGGGUCCCCAACUCCCUGAGGGACCCCAACACCCUGGAGAUCCCCAAAACCCUGAGAGACCCCAAAUCCCUGAGGGACCCCAACACCCUGAGGGAUCCCUACUCCCUGAGGGACCCCAACUCCCUGAGGGACCCCAACACCCUGAGGGUCCCCAACACCCUGGAGGUCCCCAAAUCCCUGAGGGACCCCAAUGCCCUGGAGGUCUCCAGGGGCUUCCAUGACCUGGGUGUCCCCAACUCCCUGAGGGACCCCAACACCCUGGAGGUCCCCAACACCCUGAGAGACCCCAAAUCCCUGAGGGACCCCAAUGCCUUGAGGGACCCCAACUCCCUGAGGGACCCCAACACCCUGAGGGACCCCAACUCCCUGAGGGACCCCAACACCCUGGAGGUCCCCAAAUCCCUGAGAGACCCCAACUCCCUGAGGGACCCCAACUCCCUGAGAGACCCCAACACUCUGGAGGUCCCCAAAUCCCUGAGGGACCCCAACACCCCGAGAGACCCCAACACCCCGAGAGACCCCAACACCCCGAGAGACCCCAACUCCCUGAGAGACCCCAACACCCCGAGAGACCCCCCCUCCCCGGAGGACCCCGACUCCCGGGUGGUCUUCGUCCUCCCCGCCUUCGAGGUUCGUUCCGGAAGGGGGGUCCCGGCCUCGAAGGCGGCUCUGCUGGGCCUGUGGGCCAAGGGGGCAGCCCGGCCGUUCUACGGGGCGCUGUGCCCCCGCUGCCAGGCCCCCACCGACUUCGGGCGCUGGCGGGCGCUGCCCCCGCCCCCCCGGCCGCGCGUGGCCUACGAGGUGCCCUGGAGGGACCCCUGGGAGCCCUUUUACGUGGCCCCCGCCCGGGGGGUCCCCCCCUUCGACGAGAGGUUCCUCCAGUACGGCUUCAACCGCAUCAGCCAGGCCUGCGAGCUGCACGUGGCCGGGUUCCGUUUCGCGGUGCUGGACGGGGCCUUCGUUGCCCACCGGGGCUUCAAAGAGCCCGGGGGGUUCCACGGGGGCCGCGAGGCCGAGCUGGGCCACAACCGGCGCCUCUUCCGGAGCUUCCGCGCCGACCUCUCCCGGCGCUACCCCGGCUCGGCCCGGCGCUGCUGACACCCCUGGGCACCUGAGCCUGGGCACCUGAGCCUGCUGGGGGCACCUGAACCUGCUGGGGGCACCUGAACCCCCUGGGGAACCUCACCUGGGCACCUGAACCUGCUGGGGGCACCUGAACCUGCUGGGGGCACCUGAACAUCCUGGGGGCACCUGAACCUGGGCACCUGAACCUGCUGGGGGCACCUGAGCCUCCUGGGGACACUCACCUGGGCACCUGAACCUCCUGGAGGCACCUGAACCUGUUGGGGGCACCUGAACCUGCUGGGGGCACCUGAACCCCCUGGGCACCUGAACCUGGGCUCCUCAACAUCCUGGGGGCACCUGAACCCCCUGGGGAACCCUCACCUGGGUACCUGAACCUGGGCUCCUGAACAUCCUGGGGGCACCUGAACCCCCUGGGGAACCCUCACCUGGGCACCUGAACAUCCUGGGGGUACCUGAACAUCCUGGGGACACCUGAACCCCCUGGGGACCCUCACCUGGGCACCUGAACAUCCUGCUAGGGGCACCUGAACCCCCUGGGGACCCUCACCUGGGCACCUGAGCCUCUUGGGGGCACCUGAACCCCUUGGGGGCACCUGAACCCCCUGGGGGCCCUCACCUGGGCUCCUGAACCCCCUGGGGACCCUCACCUGGGCACCUGAACAUCCUGGGGGCACCUGAGCCUCCUGGAGACACUCACCUGGGCACCUGAGCGUCUUGGGGGCACCUGGACCUCUGG